AAUAUUUCCAUUUGUGACAAGCGACGAAGAGAAGAAGACUCGUAUGCCUAGUAAGUUUUGCAAGGUCGAUGGUCUGCGUGGUUUUCGCGCUACCUGUUAUGAAAGUUCGACGGAUGGUAAAACACGUGUUUGUUGGGCGAAUUUCGAACGUCGGUAGAGUUUUGAUUUUCAAGUCAGGUUAAUUAAGUGGACGCGGGGGCGAGAGCGCGCGCACGCGCGCGCGUGCAAAAUUAUUCGCAGGACGUGUUUACACGAGUCUACGCGCUCUCUCGCGUUUGCACACGAGAAUCAGAGGGAAAGCGAGCCGAGCGGGUCGCGUAGCGGCGCGGCGCGGGGCGGCCAUUUUAUGUUAGUAUGACGUAGAGGCUGGGUGUAGCUUAGCGUUCUUAUUGUUGGUCGUGCGCGAGGAAAAAACUAACGGAUUGGUGUCUGAUAAGCUUUCAGAUGUUCAAUGGUAACAAGAGGCUGGCCGCGAAUGAUGUGAACUCGGCGUUUCCGCGGAUAGCCGUGUAUAGUGUGUGACGCGUGGAGGAUGAGAGCGUUGGACAGUCUCUGCGAGCUGAGACUGCUGCUGUGAGUGAGAAAGAGAAAGAGAGAGAGAAAGAAAGAAAGAAAGGAAGGAGGGCGAGAGCGGGAGGGAGAAAUUGUGUGCGCAAACGAGCGAAACGACGAGAAGAGCAAAACGAUCGAACGAACGAGACAACGCGAGAGAAUUCGGUAGUCGAGGUAGCGAGCGAAAAGUGAAAGUGCGUUCGCCGCGGUGGUGCGCGGCGGCGGCGGCGGCAGCAGCGGCAGCGGUGUAGUAGUGUAGUAGUAGUGGUGGUGGUGGUAGUAGUGGUGGUGGUGUGGUGCGUCCGUAGCGUAGUGCGUGCGUGCGUUCGUGCGUGCGCGCGCGAGUGAGCGAACUAACGAACGAACGAACGAACGAACGAACGAAUAUGAGCGAGGAAAGUAAUCCACGUACGUUGUACGUGGGCAAUCUGGACACGUCGGUGUCCGAGGACCUCUUGUGCGCGCUCUUCUCGCAGAUUGGCGCCGUGAAAGGAUGCAAGAUCAUUCGGGAGCCCGGCAACGAUCCAUACGCCUUCGUCGAGUUCACGAACCACCAGUGCGCGGCCACGGCAUUGGCCGCCAUGAACAAGCGUUCCUUCCUCGAGAAAGAGAUGAAGGUUAACUGGGCGACCAGUCCGGGCAAUCAGCCUAAACUCGACACCAGUAAUCACCAUCACAUAUUUGUCGGCGAUCUCUCGCCGGAGAUCGAGACGCAGACGCUCAAGGAGGCGUUCGCGCCCUUCGGUGAGAUCAGCAACUGCAGGAUCGUGCGCGACCCGCAGACGCUCAAGAGUAAAGGCUACGCGUUCGUCUCCUUCGUUAAAAAGUCCGAGGCCGAAGCGGCAAUUAACGCGAUGAAUGGCCAGUGGCUCGGCUCGCGCAGCAUCAGGACUAACUGGUCCACUAGGAAACCGCCACCACCGAGGUCCGAGAGGCCCCGCCACUCCAACAAUAGUAAACCCAACUACGAGGAGGUAUAUAACCAAAGUAGUCCAACUAAUUGUACCGUAUACUGCGGUGGCUUUACGAAUGGUAUCACAGAUGAGCUGAUAAAGAAAACAUUUUCCCCUUUUGGCACCAUUCAAGAUAUAAGAGUGUUUAAAGACAAAGGAUACGCUUUUAUCAAGUUUACUACCAAGGAGGCUGCGACGCAUGCCAUCGAAUCAACGCAUAAUACAGAAAUCAAUGGCAGCAUUGUUAAAUGUUUUUGGGGAAAGGAAAAUGGCGAUCCAAACAGUGUGGGUCCUAAUGCUAAUCACCAAGCUCAACAGGUGACAGCAGGAGCAGGACAAUACGCGUAUGGUUACGGCCAACAGAUGAGUUAUUGGUAUCCACAGGGCUAUCCGCAGAUGCAAGGACAAUUCUUGCAGCCUGCUCAAUACUACGGUCAAUAUUAUGGGCAACAGGCUCAAUAUAUGAAUAGCAUGAGGAUGCCCGCUCCAGGUGCGGGUGCCUGGCAACCGACACAACCCACCGCGGCACCUCCGACAGCGAGUGCGCCCUUGCCACCGGGUCAACAGCCCACUAUGGUAACAUACACCAUGCCACAUCAGUACCCUACGCAAUGAAACUGAUUAUUGACCAGCUAAUUGUUACAUACGGUCCUGGGGUUCGCGUGAAAAUCGUUCCGACAUAUACCUAUUUCAACAUUUACAAUUGAGCUAUUGGCGAGUACAAAUCCGUAAACUAAUCGUUAUUUCAACGAUUAAGAUGCGAUUUCGCCAAAAUCAAAUGUUUGUAAUAGAAAGAAGAAGAAAGAUAUGCAAUCGAUAUGUUAGUUUUUCUGUUUUUUUUUCCCGCACAACCGAUUCGUUCAGUAGCUAAGAAACGUUAUUAAUUUUUUUCUACGUUUUUUUGUCAUAGAUGCGCGUAACGUUACAUCGACAUUAUAAAAUCUGACGUAAUGACGAUAGUUUGCGAUAGCAAACCACCGCUGCGCGAUCUAGAAUUCAAAUGCUGGAAUUUGAUAAGAUUUCACGGUUCUACUUGGGCAUACACGAAACAUUGAAGCAGGUAUAUCUCCAAACUUUUCCUCGCGGCCCCUAAAACUCAACAGAGCCCCGCACCCGUUGUGCUGCGCAAGUGACGUAUGUAUGAGGCAAUUUUUUGCGUUGUUACCUUUUUAAUAUUUUUGCCAUUGACAUCUCAACUCUCACCCCUUUCUCUUCAAUCUCGGAUUGUCGAUGAACAACGCGCGCGACUAAUGCUGAUUUGAGAUAAAUAUGGAGAGUACCGCUAAUAUUGGACAUAGUAAGAUAGAAGAGAACGAUUAGCUAGACACGGCGCCUGUGAUGUAGCUAGACUUUGGACGCGUGUAUGCUAAGGUGUGCGGGGCUCCUUAACAAAUAAAUUUCUGCGAGAGUUGAGUAACGAGUUACAACUUUAUCUCGUUGUGUGAUAUUUAUCGUCGGUGGUUAAUGUAUAAAAUUUUGCUAUGAUUCUCUUCAGAGAACAAUAAUAAGAGGGGAAAAAAGAGCGGAUGCAUGUAUGUGUGUAUACGUGUGUGCGCGCACACGUGUGUGUGGAUUUUUUGCUAAAGACAUCGGUGAAUUGAGAGUCCCUUGUACAGAGAGUGCAAGCUCAAAUACGUUUAUUGCCGCGACGUUGUACGUUAAAUGGCUCACCGGCUCGCACUCUCUUCGUAUACCUCGUCUGUUACCAUGUUUUCGGUGUAUUUCGAACAUUAUACUCCAUCUACAAACGAGUAAAGGUCGCGACGUUGCGUUUACUUAGAUUUUCUUUGUUUUUUUCCGUACGGGAAUGUGUACUCAUUGUAGUUUGGAGGAAAGGAAUGAAUGUAGAGAUUGAUCGCCGUUAAAGGUACGACGAGUAUAGCUAAAGAUCCGAAGAGACAUCUCGGUAUUAACGUAUUCCGUCGUGUAUCGUAAUGUUAAUAACGCCUCGUCUCGUUUGUAUAGGCAACCGAAGAAUAAUAAAUAUAAUUUUAAGUUGAUAAUAAUAACGAUAACGCACGCAUAUCUCCAUCGGGAUAUUUCUCAAGGGACGAGUCAUUGAUAUCUUGGUCUCGGGAUUAAAACACAUGCAUGAAAAUCGAAAACGUAUAUUUGGUAUACUUGUUACGCGGAUGUCGGCAAUUGAUAUCUUGUUCUUGCAACAUAGCGUAGAUUCGAUUGACAAUCAAUCGUGAUGUAAUAUACAUACGUUUGCGAAUUAUUAUUGUAUUAUCGUAGUCUGUACAUGACACGAUUCAAUUCCUUCGUGUCUUCCAAGUUAACGUGUAACAAAAGUUCACGUAGCACAAUUAAUAGUGUACAGUGUUGCUUUUAUUCUCUUCGGUAUUCUCGCUAAUCGCUUAGGGCUCGGGUGAUUGGCCCUUUCAGGCUACCGAUCGAGGAAAACUUGACGUAUGUUAGUUAAUCAAAUAUGAUACAACCUAAUAUCAGGAAUCAGGAAUUUCAAACUAUGAAAGUAUCAACGCCAAUUGCCAAAUUAGCGCCAUGUCAGCUAGCAUAUGUAUCUCAAAGAUGGUGUUUAUCGUUCAUUGUUCAUUGCUCUUUUUUUUGUGCAAUUUAACAUUGUAGGAACGAAAUCGGUCUCAGAGUAUUUGUAGUUUUGCUGGCAGUUAUAAUCUGAAAUUUUACUGUAAAAUCAUAUAAUUAAUUACAUAAGGCUACAUCUCGGUGCCUUAGUACCUAGACACUCGAGCCCUAUUAAUUAUAUGGUUGUUUUCUACGAAACAACUUGUUUUAUUAGAUUUAGAUGAGCGAUUGCAUCGUGUCCAUUGCAAUUUUUUCAAACUGAGUUGAGAUAUCUACCGUUCCAACGAAAUAAUAAAUAUCCCCGUUUGAAGAAUGAUGGAGCAUUGUUUCAUUUUGUAUCACGAAAAUUCGUAAAAAGGAUCGAAAUGGAAAUUAUUUCCAAUGACGUUUAACAUGUGAGAAUGCUUAUUAUUUCAGUUUACCACCGACGGUAAAAUGCCAUAAAAAAAUUUCAAAACCAAUUUGUAUAAAGUCAGUAUAUAAUAAACGAGAUGCGAAAUAAACGAGCGAAAUGAAUAAAGCCGGGCGUGGUAACGAUUCGAUUGGCUGCGAUAAAACGAAUAUCGGACGGAGAGCCAAUUCAAGAAAAAACGGAGUUGCCUGCGAUAUAAUCGGUAGAAAACUCGGAAGAGAGAAAAAAAGAUGUUAUAUAAAGAGUAAUUUAGGUACGGCAGGGUGUCGAACCCUCGAAGAUGCUUAGGAUAAUGUUAUCUUAUAAUAAAAACAAAUUGUCCUUUUGAAGGAGAAAAGGAAUAAAUAUUUAAAAUACAUAA